AUGUCGGGGGAUGAAGCCUGGGACCAGCUUGGCAAGGAACUUGGACCCCUCGGCUUCGGGAUAUAUUACCUUCUGAAAGCAUUCGAGGGCCCCGACCGUGGGGGUGGCGAAAAGCUCAGCGGCUGGAGAUAUUAUUCGAGUUAUCUCAGGGACAAUCCCGCCGCGGGUCCCGACAUAAGCACCUUCAGGGACAAUCAUUUUAGCCCGACCGGUAUCGAUGUGAAGUCGCGCGACUCGGAUUAUAGGUUCAUGGUACUGAAGCUUGGUUGGUCCGAUGCACACUGUACCAGGGAUCAGCUGGUUGAAUACGCCAAAUGGUGGAACGGCUAUGAAGUUACUGGGGAGGAGAAGGACUAUUACGUAGCUCUUAUUAGAGCAGCCCGAGAGGAACAGGAAAAGAGGCGCAAGGCCCAAAAGGAACAGGAAGAGAAGGCCCGACAGGAAAAGAGAGAGAGACGCAAGGCAUUGAAGGAAUAUCGAAACGCACUUCGAGUGGAAAAUCCACAGCAAUACAAACAGGCCUUUCCAAAGGAAUGGCUAAAGGAGAACCAUCCAGAGGAAUAUCAAACGAUGUAUCCACAGGAAUAUCGAAGGGAAGAAUAUCGAAAGAAAGCUGGGCUUCCGUCCGAUGAUGACUUUAGCGACGAGUAA